CAGGCGGUGUCACAAAGGGCGGAGACGCGGUGGCCGCGGAGCGUUGCAGGUCGCGCCUGCUGCGGCGACGCUUUCGGACCUGCGCGUCCUUGUCGGCCUGCGUACGAGCGAGGGAACGGACCAGACAGCCGGUACAAAACUCAAAACAUGAACAACAGUACAUAUUACCAAUGUUCAAAGUUGAUUUGGCUAGAACUGCAAUACAGUGCCUACGACAUAUUCUAGAGGAAUUAGAAAAGUCAAAGUGAUGGACAACAGAAAAGAGCCUCCAUUCUUCAAUGAAGAUAACGUGGGACCAUAUUACUACAAACCUUUCUGUGAUACCAUGGAACUCUUCAUUGAAACAUUAACUGGAACUUGUUUUGAGCUGAGAGUUUCACCCUUUGAAGCUGUUAUUUCUGUGAAAGCAAAAAUUCAAAGAUUGGAAGGUAUUCCCAUCUGUCAGCAGCACUUAAUUUGGAAUAACAUGGAACUCGAAGAUGAUUAUUGCUUGAAUGAUUACAACAUUUCAGAAGGUUGUACCUUGAAGCUGGUAUUGGCUAUGCGUGGUGGACCUAUAAAUACUAGAAAAGUUCCUGUGGAAGAUCCACUUAGGGAGAUGGCUGAGUACAUGGAUUCCAGUCGAGAUGAGGUCUGGGAGAAGACCUCCUGCAACAAACAAGUUACAUAUUUGGUAUACCGAGAAGGAGAUCAAUUGAAUUUCUUUCGUGUAGUAGAUAGGGGAGAUGGCACUUUAACACCAUUAUCUGAAUCUUUAAGAGGUGGUUCAGUGUAUAACUUGUAUACAGAUGAGGAUGAAGAAGUUGAGCCUUCUCCUUCUGGGCAACAGAUCAUUGAAAAUUCAAUAACUAUGAAUAAGAUGAAGCUGCUGAAGGCUAAGAUGGAGAACAUGAAUCUCAGCAAAAAGCCUAAGAAAGUUGUCAAGGUAAAACCUCAUCCACCUAUAGCUCCUCGACCUUCUAGCAGUUCCACAGCAGCAGCGCGCCACAGGUUGCUAAGAGUCCUUCCACACAUUGGGCAAUCUUGUUUAUCUUCUCCUGGAAAUGACUGUCUACCGGAAACAUCCAGGAAGGGAGCUGCAAGUUUGGCAACUCAGCCCCCUGCAGAUAGACCCAUUUCAUCUCUCACUGGUGAAGCACUUAAGGAGGAGAAUAACUGGGAAAGUAACACACUCUCUCAUUCUAAUAGUAGCAACAGACUGCCACCUCAGAUGCCCCAUAUGGAGUUAGAAAAUGAUGGAGAGCUUGCUGGUUCUGUUCUCCAUCUUGGAUCAUCCCUGCCCAGGCGGACAAAACACUUUUCAGGGAACUUGCCCUGUAAUAACAAAGAUGACACUGUCUUAUUUCCAGCUUCAGAAAAGGGUGUACCUGAAGAAUCACUUCUACCUAAAGUGGGACCGUUUGCCUCGUUUUCAGAAGGAAAUGCUGUUGAACAGAACAGUGGCUUAGAAGGCAUUCAGAAGGCGAAUACAGAGUUCCUACUCACUAACGAUGACAAAGGGUCCAGAGCCACAGAGCAGCAUAUGAAGCAUGUUGCACGAGUGUUGAGUGGUGAGACAGUAGACACUACAGUUCUUAACCACCGGGAGUUAAGUCCUCACAAGAAUGGACUCUUGUCACCACUUCGCUGUUCUGCGCCAACACCACUGCGUAAUUCUCUCGUGAAACCACAGAGACAGACCAAAUGUUUGGAGUCAGAGAACCUCCCUUCUGCUUCACAAAACACACUCAGGUCAUUGGAUGUUAGAACCAUAGCUGAUUCUUCUUUCUCUAGGACUACUCGCUUUCGUGGUAUUAAAGUUGAUUCAUCUGGGAAAAGAUCUGAUAUUAUUUCCAAAGUCGAGGCUCGGGACAUCACAGAAAUAGCCAACAAGGCUUCCAAAGAGCCCGUUGGUUGUAUAAAUAAUGUCGGUUUUUUUGCUUCACUGGCGCAGAGCGCAAGCAAAGACAGUUUACAGAGCACACGUGGGGCAGGCAGGCUCCGGCCCUCUGGAAUUGGUCUGUCUACAAACCUUCAGCAUUUUCAGGAAGAAAGCCUUAGGAAAAGUUCUCCUCAGUCAGAAUCUACAGAUUUUUUUCUAUCUGCCCGUGGUAUUGGAAUGAAUGGAAAUAAUGCAACAGCAGGGAAAAGAGUAGGAGAAUGUACCCAUCACCUCCCACCUGUGAAAGUCCCUCUUCAAACAAAGAAAAAAACAACAAAGCAUUGUUUUCUUUGUGGAAAGAAAACUGGACUGGCUACUAGCUACGAAUGCAGAUGUGGAAACAACUUCUGUGCAUCUCAUCGCUAUGCAGAAACUCACGGCUGCACCUAUGAUUACAAGAGUGCAGGGAGGAGAUACUUGCAGGAGGCAAAUCCUGUGGUUAAUGCACCAAAACUUCCAAAAAUAUAACUCUUCCUCUGCACCUUAUUGUUCUGCCUGAGGAAUCGUAUUAUAUUAACAGAAGAAAUACUGUUUAGACUGCAUUAUUUUUGUUCGACUCCAAAAGAUUUGCCAAGUAACAAAAGCAUAUAAUGCAUACUGUUGGAGGAUGAGAACACUACUGUAUUUGACCUCUUUAUUUUUUGGUGAAUCAAAAGUUUUAAAAGUAGUUUUAAAAACUUUACACCAUAAUGAUUUAGCUUUGUUAUUGCAUGUCUGUGUUAAGUGUUUUAUGUUUGAUAUUGCAAUUUUACUAGACAAGUCUUCAAAAGGUGCACUUUAGGAAGUUAAUAUUGAUUGUAUAAACAGGCUUUAAUGUUGUACAGAAAUGAGUGGUUGUGUAAUGACUCUACUCAAAUUGACCAAGUUUUUUCUUUUGUUUGUUGGUCAGGUGGGGACUUUUUUUUUAAUCCCAUGUGUGGAAGUUUAUGGGGUUUACUAGCAAGUUCUUAUUUAUUUCAAACUACUUUUUAUAUUAAAAAAAAACCUUUGGCUUUCCAGUGUGGUUUUUAACACAUAUAUAUUUCUUCCUUAUUCACAUUGGCAUUCAGAUAUGUAUCAAUUCCAUAAAACACAUCAUGUUAAUCAUAGUAUAUAUUCUUAAAGUACUACUUCUUAAAUGGUAGUUUUAAAAUAGAUGUCCCACUUAUUGCCAUUAAAUACAGAACUGUUUCAUUUUCCAAAAAAUGGGUACAUUUAAAACAAAAUGUCACAGCUUGGUUAUUUUUUAUUCAUUGAGUACUACUACCAAGAGAAA